GCAAAACAUACCCGCCCAGUGUCCCCGGGAUGAGGAGAGGACGGGUGUUACUUUCGGCAGAAGAGAACAGGGAAAUGAAGUUGUCAGACAGGCUAGCCGAGCAACUCUGUCUCUACAAGUAGGCAACUCGCAACUUUAGAGAGACUCACAAGAAACAUCACAGCUAUGAAUGUCGUCCGUUUGAGCAACUUGUAGCCACAGUUGGUGCGACUUUAUCCACUGUAAUAAAAAGGUCUAUAACGUCGCCUAUAGCUAACUGAAGAAAGUGGAGACAACUUGCUAGCCCGCUAGCUAACCUUUAGCCACCGAGCGUCUUUCGGGUUCACAACUAGACUUCAUUCGAGCUCCAGGUUUGGAUUGCCUGUCGUCAGUCAUGCCUUUUCCCUUUGGGAAGUCUCAGAAGAGUCCGGCUGAAAUAGUGAGGAGUUUGAAGGAGAAUGUGGCAUACAUGGAGAAGCUGGAUGCCGGAGACAGCAAAAAGUGUGAAAAGGUUGCAGAGGAGGUGUCCAAAAAUCUGGCCUCACUGAAAGAGGUACUUUGUGGCACAGGUGACAAGGAGCCUCAAACUGAAGCGGUGGCUCAGCUCGCACAGGAGCUGUACAACACCAACCUGCUCAUUGCUCUCAUAGCAAACCUGCAGAAGAUUGAUUUUGAGGGGAAGAAGGAUGUGGUCCAUUUGUUCAGCAAUAUUGUGAGACGUCAGAUUGGAACUCGAACACCCACGGUAGAAUACAUCUCUACACACCCACAGAUCCUCUUCAUGCUUCUGAAAGGAUAUGAGAGUGCAGAAGUGGCUCUUAACUGUGGCAUGAUGCUGAGAGAGUGCCUGCGUCAUGAGCCUUUGGCAAGGACAGUGCUCUUCUCUGAAGAGUUCUUCUGCUUCUUCCGCUACGUGGAGCUCUCGACCUUUGACAUCGCCUCAGACGCUUUCGCCUCAUUCAAGGAUCUCCUCACUAGACACAAGAUCAUGUGUGCAGAUUUCCUGGAGAACAAUUAUGACAGGGUGUUUACAGAGUACGAAAAGCUCCUGCAUUCUGACAACUACGUCACCAAACGGCAGUCUUUAAAGCUCCUUGGGGAACUUCUCCUGGAUCGACACAACUUCACCGUCAUGACAAAGUACAUCAGUCGGGCAGAGAAUUUGAAACUGAUGAUGAACUUGCUGAGAGAUAACAGCCGAAACAUCCAGUUUGAAGCAUUCCAUGUCUUCAAGGUUUUUGUUGCAAACCCCAACAAGACUCAGCCUGUGCUGGACAUACUGCUGAAGAACCAGACCAAGCUCGUGGAGUUCCUGAGCCACUUCCAGACAGACAGAUCCGAAGAUGAGCAGUUUUGUGACGAGAAAAACUAUCUGGUCAAGCAGAUCCGGGACCUGAAGAGACCCACGGCGCCCGAGGAAGCUUAACGCUGCCGGGAUGACUGCUCUGUCAGGUGGUAGAUUUUAGAGGUGGUGGUUGGAUCUGCAGAGGGUUGAGUGAAAUUCUGACAAACAUGCUUCAUUAAAGUCUAAUAAUAAGUACAAGAUAUAGGAAAAAAGAAACCUACUUCCUUCACUUUCUGGUUUAGUGUGGAUGUGGAGGUGAUUUCCAUCCAGCAACCUGAGUGGGCCAAGAACUGUUAUUUAAACCACAGUGCUUCUUCUUUAGCGAUGAUGAGAUGCCUUUAGUCCGUUUUUGUAAAGUUGGACCUUAAACUGUUACCCUUCCACAUACAUUGUUGCUGGCAGGAACCUUAGACUGACAGAAAUUUUACACCCUUCACAGCUAACACGAGCUCUGAGGUGUUUUUGAAAGCCCCUUUUCCAGAACUUGUUGAUACUUUAGCGAUUGAAAUGCUGAGAAGUAAAUAUAUUAUUUUUCUAAUGUAUCUUCUGGUAAACCGCUUAAAGCGUAACUCUUCUCUCUGAACACUUACUUCAGCUACAUGUUUAGGUUUGGUUUAUUGUAAGCUGUUCUUUCUACAGGGACUUAAAUGAGCUUUACAAAUGUGGCUUUGGCAGAGUGACAUUUGGAUCUUAUUGGCAGGUCAGCACACAAUAGUAAUGUUUGGCGAUUAAUGUGCAGUUAUUCUUCCUGUAGCUGCAUGUGUGAGGUUGCAGAGGUCAGGAGCAACCCUGCAGUGCUGUACUUGCCAAUGCAUUAGCUGUCAACGGAAGAGAAAAUCAAAACCAUAGAGGAAUCCAUUAAUUGCGCUGUGAUUUUUUUUUUUUUUUUUUUUUUAGGCUGUGCUGUGCGCUGCUUACAAGACUGAAAUAGUAACAGAACAUCAGAUAAUGCUGCAGGGUACCAGCAGUCCAUUCGUGGCAAACAUGGACAGCCAGGAUGUACCAAUUGAUCUCACUGGGAGCACUCCAUUUCAUCUUCACACACUGAGCACAGAGAGCAGUGAUUUAACCCAACAUGAGCACAACAUAAGACCAGAAGCAACACUACUGUUCACUCAGUGGUGUUGCUCACAAGGAUGCAUGUUAAGAAUGUUACACUGUAUUUUUUUUGUGAUAUUCAUGUCAGAACUUUCACCGGGGAUCGUGUUUUUUUUGCCACAUAUUGAACGAGUGCUACACUGGACUUGUUAGUAAAAUAGUUGGAAGUAAUUCUUUGAUCGCAGUCAACCAAAAAAAAAAAAUCUUGAUGAACUGAAGUCUUGUCUACUUUUCAAUUAAUUGAUUGAUGGUGGAGAAAAAUGAAUCUGCACAUGAUCUAUAUAUUGACUGAAUGGGCCAGAGUGCACUGAGUUCACUCUACCUACAGCUUUAUUUGCCAUAUUGAAUUAUAAAUAAACAUGAAAAGCUAAUAUUUACAGCAUAUUGGAUCAUUUAAACCUGUCUGUUUUAUGCUGAAAUGACUCAAAGCACACCAGCAUGUGCCUGCCCAUAAUUAUAUGAUUUCUAAAGAAAUAGAAGUACAUCCACAAAUGAUUUGAACACAGGAACUAUUGAGGACUAUAUUAAAGAAGUUAGCUGCUGUUUUGCUUAUUGAGCCGUGAUAAACAAACUGCAAAAUUUAAACUGAUCUGUUUGAAGAAAAUGCAGCCACUUAAAUUACUUGCUCGGCAUCGUGUCAGUCAGUUUGUAGAAGAAAAAUCAGAGUGAAUGUUAAAAAGAAAACAGAAAAUAAGCUCGAUUCUGCAGUCUCCAUUAGGUUGGAUUAGUUUAAGCACAGAAAAUGUUUGGUGUCUGUCUAAAUAAAGGAUUAAUCCUGGAAGGCUGCUGAUAUGUCGCCUCUCUUCUUGUGAAAAUUACACUGGAGAUUGACACUAGAGCCCUAAAAAUCACUUAAUUGUCUCUUAAUCUCAUGUAAAGCAUAACUCACAUUUAUUGAGUUAUUUUAAAUCCAAUAACUCCUACACUGGGUGCAAUAUGUUGUCUUUUUUGUCACUUUUCUGAUAUGACAAAAAUAAUACAUUUCAAUAAAAUACGCUGUAACAUUCCUUUGAUGCAUCCCAGAGUAGCUUCAAUAAGACGUCACCAGACCUGUCAGAAUAAGCACAUGCACUGUUUAGAGGUGAAUCUGUUUGUUUUGAGCACUGAAUUGAUUCCUCACAUACGUUACUGAUCAGCUAUGUGUCUGUAAAAGGACAGCUGCCUUACUUCUGCCACGGUCACUAAAAAUGUGUCUUUUAUUAUAUACCUCAUGGGAUUUGAGUUUGCAGAUGCUGUGUUCUCUUUAUUUUCUUGAUAAGAUAUUUUAUUUGACAUUUUAAAAAUACAAAACAGUGGUUUGUAUGCUUGCCUAAUGAUGAUAUACAGUGUAUGUUCAAACUUGAACAGGGACUGCAGCCUGGUUUUCUCAGUGGAAAACUACAUUUUUAAUCUUAACUCUUUCAUUGGGUCGGCGCCACAUGGACGUUAAUUCAUAGUGAAUUGCAGCGUGGUGCCUUGUAAUGAAUGUUGCCUUAUUUAAAGACAUUUAAUGGAUCGUAAUGAUCAUGUAAAAUUCCAGACCUUGUAAUUUGUCUUAAACCAAAGCCGACAUGAAAAGGGUAAAAAAAUGUACAUUUUAAGUCCCAAAUGCAUUACCAUUACUAGUUCAUUUCUCAGGUGUAUUGAAAGUUUUAUUUUUCUGACUGCGUUAUGCUCAAAAUGAUCCUGCGAGUGUAAGUAUAUUUUAAUUGAGAUCAGUAAGCAUCACUCAGAGUACAUUUAAUUUCUGGUUAACUUGCUUUUUGUGUUUUGUUCUUUUUAAAUCACUGGUCACUGUUUGUUAAGCUGCACCAGACAGCCAUGCGUUCAGCGUCAGGCCUUUUAGGGGUCAUAAAAUAAUCUGAGAACUCUGCUGUGAAUGUGGUACAUUAUGCAUUAAUAGACUGAAGUCCUGCACUCUGUACACUGUCAUGAGGUUAUGAAAGAAAGAUAAAAGCGUGUUCAAAUCUCUGAAAAUAUCCCAAAAAUUCAGAUCUUUUUUUGAUCUUAUGUGACCUAUUCUAAAUCAUUUAACACACAGCCAAUACUAAUACCUCCAUGAAGCUCAAACAAACUGACAAACAGUAAUAUUAUUGGUAAUAUCUGAGAGUAUUUGACUGUGGUGUGACAAAUUUCUUUAAAUUUUUUUGAACAAUCCUUUGAGAUUGGGUGUGAAUGUGUUGCAGCUUUCUUGAAUUUGAGUCCAGUCAUGACAUGCACUUUGGGAAGGACGUGUUGUACUCAGCCCUGCCACCAGGGGGAGCUGCUGACAACAGUUGGCACCUUGUAUUAGUUGUACAAACAAAGCAUUUCAUGUUUCCAUAACCCUACCUCCAGUUAUACAAGUCACUGGCAAUACUAUAUAGACGUCAGUUCCUUCAGAUCAGUUCUGUGUAAUUCAUGAUUUAGAGUUUUCUGGGGUUUUGUGCUUGACUAAUUUUUUUCUUUUGUUUUUGACUCUGUUGCCUUUUCUUUUUCCCCCCUUUCUCUUUCCCACACUGGAUAUUUUAUUUACCAUGGGAGCGAAAUGUGUGUACAUAACUUUAUAAAUGAUAAGUGAUGUGUGAAAGCAUUCAUGAAAAUAAAACAUUAUGACAACC